UGGGGACGUUCUCGGUGCCGCGAGUAUAAAAGGGCGGCGCCAUCUCCGCCUGCGGCCUCGCGUGCCUGGGGAGGCGUCGUCUGUCGCGCUGCGUUUGCGAUAAUCCCGCACGCAGCUCGUGGUGUGUUGACGCGAGCCCUCUUUAACAGUUUUUCAUUGCGAUGGAGAACCCAGGAGGCAUCGAUUCGGAAAAGAUUGCUCGUAGGCUGGAGAGAGAGAUGCUGGAGGUGUCAGACGAGUCCUCUGGGCCAGGCGAGGAGCAACCGGAGAUUUCUCCGGAGCAACAUCCUUCGUACGGCGCUCCUCGCUACAGCGCUAUUUUCUCCUGCCUUGUGACCAUCUCUCUCAUCGCCCUCAUGAUCAGGGCGUUGCUCGUUUCUGCCAGUGCAGAUGCUGAUCCGGGAGACACAGACAACAAGGGUUCUUCAGUAAUUCUAAGCAUCUUGGGUCUAUGUUGUCCUUUCCUCCUGCCACUGGUGACUGGAUUGUCCUGCUGCUGUUUCUCCUGGUCUCUGGCUUACUUUGACUCCUUUCAGCCAGGAAUGUUCCCUCCAACACCACUAUCUCCAGCUCGGUUGCGCAAGAUGACGGGUCAUUCAUUUCACAUGGCCUACAGCAUGGCCAUUCUCAAUGGAGUCGCCAUGUUCCUGAUGACUAUAUGGUGGCUUAUUUAGGAGCUCGAGUCGACUCCCAAUGCCUUGGCGCUUGAUGCCCUGGGAAGUGAGCGCAGAAUGUGUCGUUGUUUGUCUUCCUCUGUAUCCCACUGCCAGGAUUUUUUACAGCUUUCGGAAAGUAUCCCCUUUUCGCUCUCUGAUGCAUUUUCGGGUUGUGAUGUCUGACGCUUCGCUCCACUUAUUUCAGGAACUGAACUCCCAGCAAAUAGAGCGAAAUGUUGAACGUUACGCGGAAACCACACGUGGAUCAACACAAACAGCACAUCGGGAGAGCUGUACGGCAUGGCCGAGAAAACCCUAUGCAGUGGACCUGUUUGCUGCAUUUGUAUGGGAAUAACGUAUUACCUUCAAAAGUCAAGGCACAGCUAAAGUUAAUUAUAUGGUGACAUUAAUGCAUAAGAAGAAUAUGCAUGAAUGAUUUAAUGCCCGUAAGAUCCCUGAAGCACAAAUGCCAUGGUUUCAUUGGCUUCUACAGAUUAACUGUACUUUUUGCAGAGACUAAAAUACUCUAGUCUGUUUCAACAUUUCUGUUAAAUCAAGUUGAGAAUAUUCAAAUUUUUAAAGGAAUGCUAUUAUCUUAUAUUGUCUUGGUUGCAGUCCGGUGGUGAAUAAUAAUUUCUCCAAAAAUGUUUGUAUGAAAAAGAUAUUUACAUCUCAUCAGAUUCCUCCAGUAUAAAUACAUAUGUUGAUUGAGUUUUUAUGCAUAUUCCAUGUUUUAUGUUCAGUUAUUGCAUGCACUUUUUAAAAAUGUUAAAUACGUGAUUAUCCUGAGGUGAGAAAUGUGUGCUGUUUAAAAGCACAAAUUCCAUAUGUGCACUCUACAGGAGUCAUUUGUGCUGAUUAUUGACCCACAUUAAUUGUUUCAGUUUCAUGUAUUAGGUAUAGCCCUGUGAGCCCAUGCGGCUCUUGACUCGGGUGCAACCGCAACAAACAAAAACAUGAACAAGAAACAUCUUAAAGUGACUACACGCAACAGUAAAAUCCAGGAAAAAACAGCAAAGUCUUCCAGAAAAAAACACCGUAUUUCAAGGUUGUGUGCAAAAAUCCCAGUGGGAUGCAAGUCAAACAAUAACAACCAUAAGACAAUUUAGAUUAAAGUUAUCAGGCUAACUCUGUACUACAACAAACAAACAUGGCUAAACCAAAACGUUUUCAAAAUCCUCCAAAUAAAGCUAUAUAAACAAUGUAACAGUAAUCAUAGGAACUGUGAUUCAAAUUUAACAAUAAACGAUAUACACAACAUGUACGACCAAACUUUGCAGCCAUAGCUGGCAAAUGGCCUCACCACCUACACAUUACACAAGGAGUAACUAAUCCCAUAUCUGCAUUUUCCAUCAAUAUGCUUAAUUUCGCUGUUCAUAUGUAAACUCCUUUGUCAAGGCGCUCUCCUCCCCCGACCCAGCUUAAAUAUACGCUGCCAAGCUUGGCGGUGUUCAUUGGGACGCUGUCUUUCUGACAGCUCUGUUUCUUCACCUGAGGACGGCUGCUUGUGUUAUGGCCGAAAAAUCGUGAGAAUUUUUAUUUUAUUGUUAUUUUAUUAUUUCCCUUCUACGUGACUUUACUGAAAGAACCAAGAAGAUGGCCUCAUUGUGUUAUUGGUGAAUACCCAUGCAAUCCCAUAAUUGUAUUGCGCUCAUAUUACAUUUAAUUCUACGCAGUGGGACUUGUAUUUUUUAUACAGUAUUUUACAUUUCCGGGUGUUGUUGUGGCACGCUGUGUAUUAUUUGCACGUGGCCAGCGCUGCAUUUCUCUUCUCUUCUGGCAAUGCAACUAUAAAUACAUUUUGAUUCACUGGUUAACUACCACUUCUAGAUAAUUCUGCUGCUUUUGGCACCACAGAUCACUCACACUUCCACUCUUACCUAUCGAGCCACUCUGUCUUGGUUUCCCGACAACGGUUUUUCAUUUGCAAAACCUUUUCGUUGUCAUUGAUCCGAGCUCUCGUUUGCUUGUCACCGACAUCAACUCUGCAGGUCGUCAUACCUCCUCCACCUGCGCAAUACCUCCAAUUUACUCUAAACUCAGCCACUUGCCGAGACUUUCAUUCAUGCCUCUACGAUUAUCGCAAUUCUCAUGGUCAGCCUCUUCAAUCCCCUCAUCCUACAUUAUAUAGAUUUGUAAAUUAAGCAAGGCUGGUUUUUAAAGUGUAUGAAGCACAAUGCAAGGUCAAUUUGAAAAACAGCAAUGUUAUAACUCUGGAAAUUUUAUAUGAACCCGUAAUUCUUCUAUACUGGUAUACAUACUGGUAUAGUUUAUCAUGCAUUCGGAAGAAAUACUGCCUGUGUUCCUCUACUACUUUUUAAGAUAUAUUUUUGUAUGUUCCCCCAAUUUUAUAUAAGGACUUUAUGUAAAUAAAAUGUGUGGGUGAAACUAAAUAAGUAUUUUUCAUUGUGUCCCCCAUGUAUUUUAUAUUCAUACACAAUACAUGACAUACACUUACAUUAGACAGUUGAAAGGUGUUAAAGAGGUUUUUCAAGACAUUUAAGCAUACUUUUUCUCAGGUCUCCUUUGAGAAACUUGCUAUAAUGGUCAGUAAUAUAAUGUACGUUGGAAUUCCAAAUCAUUCUUAACAUUGUUAACGUCAAAUAAAAGUUUUUUAAAUACCGAU